CUCGUCCAGAGAGCGAGCGAGCAGCGAGCGGCGGCGGCAGCCAGCACUUCCCAGCUCAUUUUCUCUCUGUCAUUCCCCUCUCAAUCUUUGAUCAAUGUACUUGCCAGAGAGAACCGAAGUCCUUCAAACCUCCUCCUUUUCACCUUCGUCUUUAACGUGGUGCUAGAGCAAGGACCACAAAAAGAAACUGCCCUCCCCCCUCCCCUCGGCCCCAGCCCCGCCGCCCGGAGCGGACUUCUCCUCCUCCUCCUCCUCCUCCGUCCCCACUUGCGGGACACUUUGUGCGUUUCUCUCUCUCACUCUGCCCCCUGCUCUCUCGCUCGCCGCAGCACCUGAUCCGGGGUUAUUCCCCCCUUCUUCUCCCCCCCCCUCCCUUCUCCUCUCUUUUUUUAAAAUAUAUAUUUCUUUUAAUUUUUGCCCUUUUCCCCUGCGUGUGUGUGUGGGAACUUUCCCCCCUCCCCCUGCCCCCUCCGCCGUAUAUGUGACCAUGGCCGUACCGGCUGCUUUGAUCCCUCCGACCCAGCUGGUCCCCCCUCAGCCUCCGGUCUCAACUUCUGCCGCCUGCACCACCACCACCACCACCUCCUCGUCGGCCACCUCCUCUCCGUCUCCGUCCAUCGCUCCCCCGCCGGCCGCCUCGGGGACAAACCUAUUCCGGCCGGAGCCCAUCGCAGCGGCGGCAGCGGCGGCGGCGGCCACAGUCACCUCCACCACCAGCGGCGGCGGCGGUAACGGCAGCGGCGGCAGCGGCGGCGGCGGCAGCCCCAGCCUGGGCAGCGGCGGCGGCGGCAGCGGCGGCGGCGGCACCUCCACUCCCAACGCCAGCGCGGCCAGCGCGGCCGGCAGCCUGCCGGGCAAGCCGGUGUACUCGACCCCGUCGCCGGUGGAGAACACCCCCCAGAACAACGAGUGCAAGAUGGUGGAUCUGAGGGGGGCCAAAGUGGCCUCCUUCACCGUGGAGGGCUGCGAGCUCAUCUGCCUGCCCCAGGCUUUCGACCUCUUCCUGAAGCACUUGGUGGGGGGCUUGCACACGGUCUACACCAAGCUGAAGCGGCUGGAGAUCACGCCCGUGGUGUGCAACGUGGAGCAGGUCCGCAUCCUGAGGGGGCUGGGGGCCAUCCAGCCCGGGGUCAACCGCUGCAAACUCAUCUCCAGGAAGGAUUUCGAGACCCUCUACAACGACUGCACCAACGCCAGUUCUAGACCUGGAAGGCCUCCUAAGAGGACUCAAAGUGUCACCUCCCCGGAGAAUUCGCAUAUCAUGCCGCAUUCUGUCCCAGGCCUCAUGUCUCCUGGAAUCAUCCCGCCAACAGGCCUGACAGCAGCAGCUGCUGCAGCAGCAGCUGCCACCAAUGCCGCCAUAGCAGAAGCAAUGAAAGUGAAAAAAAUUAAAUUGGAAGCUAUGUCCAACUAUCAUGCAAACAGUAACCAGCAUGGAGCAGACUCUGAAAAUGGAGAUCUGAAUUCAAGUGUUGGCAGCAGUGAUGGUUCUUGGGAUAAAGAAAAACUUCAUUCUCCCCCCACCCAAGGAUCACAGGCCUCUGUUAACCACCCCAGCUUACCUGGACAGCAUAAUCUUAGCCAUCCUCUCAACCCUCUGCGACAGAACCACCUUCUGCCGAAUGGACUGGAGCUUCCUUUCAUGAUGAUGCCCCACCCGCUAAUCCCUGUCAGCCUACCUCCAGCGUCUGUCACGAUGGCAAUGAGCCAGAUGAACCACCUGAGCACCAUUGCCAACAUGGCGGCAGCAGCACAAGUGCAGAGUCCUCCAUCCCGAGUGGAGACGUCUGUCAUUAAGGAACGUGUUCCAGACAGCCCUUCUCCUGCUCCUUCUCUUGAAGAGGGCCGAAGACCUGGCAGCCAUCCAUCUUCUCAUCGAAGCAGCAGUGUGUCCAGCUCUCCUGCACGGACUGAGAGCUCUUCAGACAGAAUCCCUGUCCAUCAGAAUGGGCUAUCUAUGAACCAAAUGCUGAUGGGUUUGUCACCUAAUGUCCUUCCUGGCCCUAAAGAGGGUGAUCUGGCUGGUCAUGAUGUGGGACAUGAGACAAAAAGAGUACACAUUGAGAAAGAUGAGACCCCGCUCUCCACACCAACCGCAAGAGACAGCCUUGAAAAACUUUCUCUAACUGGGCAUGGGCAACCACUACCUCCGGGUUUUCCAUCUCCUUUUCUAUUCCCUGAUGGAUUGUCCUCCAUAGAGACCCUUCUGACUAACAUCCAGGGUCUACUAAAGGUUGCUAUAGACAACGCCAGAGCUCAAGAGAAACAGGUCCAACUGGAAAAGACAGAGCUGAAGAUGGAGCUCUUCAGGGAACGAGAACUGAGGGAAACACUUGAAAAACAGUUGGCUGUGGAGCAGAAGAACAGAGCAAUAAUUCAGAAAAGGUUAAAGAAGGAAAAGAAGGCAAAGAGGAAAUUGCAGGAAGCACUUGAAUUUGAGACUAAGCGACGGGAGCAAGCAGAACAGACACUGAAACAGGCAGCUUCAACAGAUAGUCUCAGGGUCCUAAAUGACUCUCUGACCCCAGAGAUAGAAGCUGACCGCAGCGGGGGCAGAACAGAUGCUGAAAGGACAAUACAAGAUGGAAGACUUUAUUUGAAAACUACUGUCAUGUAUUGAAUUUUUCCUGCUGAAGAUACCUGUGCUACGGUAAAGAACUUUGCAGUAAGACAUUCACUCAAAAGGAGUUCUGUGGAAACAAAGCGUUUUCAAGGCAACUUCCUCAACUUCCUGUAUCAAUAUUCUUCAAAAAUUUAAAGAAUUCUGCAAGAGUGUCCUCCUUUGGUUAUCUCCUGUGGCUCAACCCAGAGACCUAGAGAAUGUUUGUAAAUGUCCAGUAGCACUCUUCUUACAGUGAAAAUCUGCGUCUCUGCGCCGGACUAUUGUAUCCAAAAUUACAGGCAGAUCAGAACAAGGCUGAGUAUUCCCCGUUUUCAAGGAAUGCAGACUCUGUCCUCCUCUGAUGAGUCUAUAUUUGAGCACAUCAAAUGAUCCUUCCAGCGGUGUCCAAGUGCACUGAUAGACUGUUAUGUCAUACCGAAACCAGCAAGACAGCUCAGAAAUGAACUUGUAGAGGGCGUAAGAGGAUUCUUAAAAAAAAGAAAAAAAAAUUAAAAAAAAGAAAAAAAUUGAUACAUUCAGUUUUCAAACUAUGAUCGUGGGUUUUCUUCUAAAGACCUUUUUUUCCACAUGCUUUCCAAGAGACCAACACAUGGAUGUUAGACGACAUAAAGUGAAAUGGAAUUUUGUGUAAGUGAAAAGAAACGCUGAAUGUAAACAAACUGUUUUACUGUUCACAAAAUCUCUUUUCCUAAAAUAAAAAAAAUACAAUAAAAAGAGUAAUAAUUUCUCAUUGCAAACUGGCAGGGGUUUAUGAAAUAAAAGACUUUGCUUAUUCAAACUGUUGGUCACAUGUACAGUAUAUAACACAAAUCACACAAGGAAGGUAUUAUGUAUGCAGUAGAAAUCUAGAGUUUAGGAAAUGAAAAUUUUAGAUAAUAUCGUUUUGUCACCCUGUUGGUCAGAAAGACACCUUUCUAGUUUUAACGCAUGCAGGCAUGUAAAUAUUUGUCCUGGAGUCACAGUAUUACUGAAUGAGAUCUUAAGCAUCUGGUAACAAGUCAGAAUUCUGUAGCAGCCACUUUUAUUUGUAUAUUGAGCCCUGAUUAGUGCCCUGGUUAGUGCACUUUUAAGAAUGGACUGUGGCUGAGCAGCAAGUCAAAAUGCCAGAAAUAUUUUUAUAUGUUAAUGUCAUAUUACGUCAAUGUUGCUAAAAAAAAAGAAAACCUAACAAACACUUGAUGUAUCAGUCCAAUUCCACGUAGAACUGAGUGAUACAGUUGACGUCUGUUGUCCCUCCCGCCUUGCCUUGCGGACGGGUGGUUGUGUGUUACUUUCACUGUCUUUAUGAAAGCUACAAAUAUGUGUUUUCACCUUCGUGCUGAUAACUGGAAGUAAGAUGCAACACAGUGCUUAUUACAUUACUAAAAGGUUAUGUUCUUUGCUUUGCGUACUUUUGGGUUACCCCUUUAAAGACUGAUUUUGUGAAUCAGUGCUAUUACUGUAAGUUUUGUGAUUAUGCUUUCUUCAUCUUUAAUGUUUUUUGCAUAUAAAAUAUUAUUUAUUACAUGGAAACAUAUCAAAACCUUAAAUGUCUAAGAUGCCUAACUUAAAGCAAAUAUUUCUUUAAAAAUAGUUCUGAUUGGAUAUUAAUAUUAUUUUGUCAAAAAAAAUCUAAUGUUUUGUAAACUCUAGCACUGAGCUUCUAUAGUUUGUAGGUCUUCCUUGCAAUACUGGUACACACUUAUUUUGUGCAGUUCAUAUUUACUCCACCACAACCCUUUUUUAACAAUAGAAAAGAUGUAUAUACAAGUUCACGUCAUGGUAAUUUUUUUUAAAGAAAUAUUGAGCAAUAUUUUUCAUUAAAUAUUGUUACCUAAUACUUUGUAGUGACAUUAUUUUCUAAUCAUGAUUCCUUCGUAACUUUCAUAGUUGCUUGAACACGUAUGGGAUUCUGUACUCCAGUUUUUUCGUAUACAGUCUUUAAAGGGUUAACAACUGUAAAGUUAGAUGGACUUGUGACAAGCUUUUGAAUCAUUCAUAUCUGAAAGAGAAUUAAAAGCCUACAACUGAAAUAUGUAGUAGCAUCUACCAUUGCUCUGCUCCUUGCAUAGAGUCACCUGUAAGUAGGUUUAGUAGUUUUACAGUAUAUACUUUCAAGACCUUUGGGAAUGCCUCAGUGUUUGGCUUGAUACAUAAAUGGAAAUGUUAAGGAUUAAGGGAGAACCAAUUUAUAAGCUGGAUGUUUAAAAAGAAUCUUGCUAAACAGUGUAAAUAUUACAGACCAUAAGAUGUUACCGUAAGUUGAAUUUUUGCCCCUCUUUAGUUACACAGGUUUUGGUUGUUAUUUUGUUUUUGGUUUUUGAUUUGGAUUUUUUUUUUGCAUAGAUUAUGAAGAAAAGUUGUGCUCAUGUUAUUGUUUAUAUGCUUUUGUAAUCUUAAAGAUAUUAAUGUCUAGUUGUUCUAUAUUAUAACCACAUUUGCGCUCUAUGCAAGCCCUUGGAACAGAACAUACUCAUCUUCAUGUAGGACCUAUGAAAAUUGUCUAUUUUUAUCUAUAUAUUUAAAGUUUUCUAAAAAUGAAAAAAGGUUAUUACGAAUUUUGUUGUACAAAAUCUGUACAAAAAUCUGUUUUUACAUCAUAAUGCAAGAAUUGGAAAUUUUUCUAUGGUAGCCUAGUUAUUUGAGCCUGGUUUCAAUGUGAGAACCACGUUUACUGUUAUUGUAUUUAAUUUUCUUUUCUUUUCAACAAUCUGCUAAUAAAACUGUCUGAAAUCUCCCUGCGACUUUAUUUACAGUUCAUCUUUAUUAAAUUUUGUGAAAUGUACAACAUCAGAGGAAUAUUUACUUUCUAAUGGGAGGCAUCUAAAAACAACAUAAGUCAGCUCUUUGUAAUGUGAGGAGAACAAUGCUGAAUGAUUUUAUUUAACAUGCAACUGCUUCUAUCUCUAAUAUGAAUUACUGUGGUGAAAAACAUCAUAAAAGCACACUCUGUGGUUAUUGUUUAACAAGCAGAUUUUCCAUAUUUUUUUUCUUGCCAGCUAAGCAAACUGCCCCCAUCUACAUGAUUUAUUUAUGUACAUUUCUCAGUUUAUGAAGCUGUUAUUUGUACCUUUUUCCUUUAUAUUGUGAUAUUCCCAUGAUUCUUAUUUCAGAAAGCUUUGUGCUGAAUAAUGUAAAGUGGACAUGUUGAUGGAACAAAACACAUUAUUUCUCUAACUACAAAAA